CGCAUUUGAGAAAAAANCAAAUUUCCAUGCUCUUAAUAGACAUGACUCCAUUUUUGCCAUUGCAGAUAUAUCAGAGACGAACCCUUUCGAUACUUCAACACUGAAGCCUGAUUAUCGAAAGCUUGAAGUCGGUAUUCGUCCUCUUAUUGUUCCGCCCUUUGCAACUGGAUCGUUGAAAGUCGAUCAGAAUGCCACAUCAAACGUGCUCGUUAUUGGUCUCGGUGGUGCUCAUUUAACCAACUACCUGCACUACACUUUUCCGAAAAUGAAGAUCACAAUCGCUGAGCUAGAACCAGCAAUGGUUAGAGUGGCACGUAAAUACUUCGGAUUGAUAGAAGACAAAACGCAGCGAGUUCUCGUCAUGAAUGGACUCACUCUCCUCAGAAAGGCUGCCAAAAAUGGUUGGAAAUACGAUGCUCUUUAUAUUGAUGCUUGUCCAACGAAAUUGCCAAAAAUUGACGAGGUUGAAGUCGUUUGCCCCGUCUCAGUGUUUCAAAAAGAUCGCAGCAUCAAAUUAAUGAGAAAAGUACUUAAAAGCACUGGAUCACUUGUGCUGAAGGUACUGAUAUCUGCAGAAGAUGUUGAUGAAUCCGCAGAAAAGCUUGCUGAUACUUACCGAAAGCACUUUGCGAAUUGUGCGGUGCUGGAUUCGUCCACCGUUGUCAAUCGGGUAGGUUCAACGAGAAUUAUGAUUGUAUGCAGUAACAAGGGAAUCCCGAGAGGACGCUACAAGAAGGAGACACUUAAAGCAAACGCUGUUAAAUUUUUUGCAAAGUUCGGAUUGAUUGAUGAUGAUUGUUGUACAGCUGUUCUGGACGAUUGCUGCAUACUUGAUCACCCAAAUGUUACCGCAAUAUUACCUUGA